AUGGCCCCCAGAUCACGGCCCAGUGCCGUCGACGUGGACACUUCAAUGUCGGAUGUUCCAGAGCCCGUCACGCAAGGUGACGAAAUGCAGGUUGACGAGACACCGGAUUACAGCGACAGCGAUACAAACCCAAAUACCACAGCCAGCAGUGUCGCUGGAGAACCAGUCGAUGGACGAAGGAAGCGAUCAGAGGCAAAUCUGCUGCGUAGGAGCAUAUUCGGCAAGAAGCACGAUGCUCUUGGUGAAUCAAAAGAGGACGACAGUAUCCGAAGAUUCCGAUAUCUCCUUGGGCUCACCGAUCUCUUCCGACACUUUAUCGAGACAAAUCCGAACCCGAGAAUCCGCGAAAUCAUGGCCGAGAUCGACCGUCAAAAUGAUGAGGCUGAAAAGUCAAAGAAGAAGGGUAGCCGACAAGGCGGUGCUGCUACGGGCCGCGUCCGCCGCACAGAGGCCGAGGAAGAUGCUGAACUCUUGAAAGACGAACGACACGGUGGUUCCGCUGAAACCGUCUUCCGGGAGUCUCCUUCUUUCAUCCAUGGAACUAUGCGCGACUACCAAGUUGCUGGUUUGAACUGGAUGAUUUCGCUACACGAGAACGGUAUCUCGGGUAUUCUUGCAGAUGAAAUGGGUCUAGGAAAGACGCUGCAGACCAUUUCAUUUUUGGGAUACCUCCGUCAUAUCAUGGAUAUCAAGGGCCCGCAUCUUGUCGCAGUCCCCAAAUCGACCCUGGACAACUGGAAGCGAGAGUUUGAGAAAUGGACACCCGAGGUCAACGUGCUUGUGUUGCAGGGUGCCAAGGAUGAGCGACACGCUCUCAUCAACGAGCGCCUGGUUGACGAAAAGUUCGAUGUUUGCAUUACGAGUUACGAAAUGAUUUUGCGCGAAAAGUCACACUUGAAGAAGUUUGCUUGGGAGUACAUCAUCAUUGAUGAAGCCCACCGUAUCAAGAACGAAGAGUCCUCCCUCUCGCAGGUUAUCAGAAUGUUCAACUCUCGAAACCGACUGCUCAUCACUGGAACACCCCUUCAGAACAACCUGCACGAGCUUUGGGCACUGCUCAACUUUUUACUCCCCGACGUCUUUGGUGACGCCGAUGCUUUUGACCAGUGGUUCUCCGGUCAAGAUCAGGACCAGGACACCGUGGUUCAACAGCUGCACCGUGUGCUUCGGCCAUUCUUGCUCCGUCGUGUCAAGGCGGAUGUGGAGAAGAGCUUGUUGCCCAAGAAGGAGGUCAAUCUCUAUCUUGGUAUGUCAGACAUGCAGGUCAUGUGGUACAAGAAGAUCCUGGAGAAGGAUAUUGAUGCUGUCAACGGCGCCGGCGGCAAGCGGGAGUCCAAGACCCGCCUGCUCAACAUUGUCAUGCAGCUUCGCAAGUGCUGUAACCACCCGUACUUGUUCGAAGGUGCCGAGCCUGGUCCACCAUACACCACCGAUGAGCAUCUCGUCUUCAACUCUGGCAAGAUGGCAAUCAUGGACAAGCUGUUGGCUCGAUUGCAGAAGCAGGGCAGCCGCGUGUUGAUCUUCUCCCAGAUGAGUCGUCUUUUGGACAUUCUCGAAGACUAUUGUGUUUUCAGAGAGUUCAAGUACUGCCGAAUUGAUGGUGGAACAGCUCACGAGGAUCGUAUUGCUGCCAUUGACGAAUACAACAAGCCCGGUUCCGAAAAGUUCGUCUUUUUGCUCACAACCAGAGCCGGAGGUUUGGGCAUCAAUCUGACCUCUGCCGAUAUCGUCAUCCUUUACGACAGCGACUGGAAUCCCCAAGCCGAUUUGCAAGCCAUGGACCGUGCGCAUCGUAUUGGUCAGACUAAACAAGUUGUGGUUUACAGAUUUGUCACUGAGAAUGCCAUCGAGGAAAAGGUUCUUGAGCGAGCCGCACAGAAGCUUCGACUCGAUCAGCUAGUCAUUCAACAAGGUCGUGCUCACCCGGCAGCUAAGGGACCCGCCGGCAAGGACGAGCUUCUGGGAAUGAUCCAGCACGGUGCUCAGAAUUUGUUCCAAACAAAGGGUGCCACGGGGUUGGCUGCAAAGGGAAGCCAACUGGACGACGAUGACAUUGAUGCAAUCCUGGCCAAGGGAGAGAACCGCACCAAAGAACUAAACACCAAGUACGAGAAGCUUGGCCUAGACGAUCUUCAAAAGUUCACCUCAGAGUCAGCCUACGAGUGGAACGGCGAAAACUUUGGAACCAAGAAGAAGGGCGAGGUCUUGUCUUGGAUCAACCCUGCCAAGCGUGAACGCAAGGAACAGUCCUAUUCAGUUGACAAGUUCUACAGAGAAGCUAUCUACGGAACCAGUAGCAAGGCAGAGCAGAAGCCAAAGGCUCCACGAGCGCCAAAGCAAGUCCCCGUCAACGAUUACCAAUUCUAUCCUGCCAGACUUAGGGAACUCCAAGACCGUGAGACUGCCUACUACCGCAAGGAAAUUGGUUACAAGGUCCCUCUGGGCGAUGGCGAUGAUGACGACCUCGAGGAACGGGAACGACAGCGCGAAGAGGAGCAGAAGGAGAUUGACGAAGCUACUCCUUUGAACGAAGAGGAACAGGAAGAAAAGGCCAAGCUUUCCCUUCAGGGUUUUAGCGACUGGAAUCGCCGUGACUACCAACAAUUCAUCAAUGGCUCCGCCAAAUAUGGCAAGAAUAACUGGGAGAAGAUUGCCGAUGAGGUGGAUAGCAAGACACCUGCAGAGAUAAAGGCUUACGCCAAGGUCUUUUGGCAGCGCUACACUGAAAUUGCGGAGCACCAAAAGUCUCUGUCGGUCAUUGAAGCUGGUGAAGAGCGCCGAAGCAAGACGGAGCAUCAACGAAAGAUGCUGCGCAAGAAGAUGCAGCAAUACCGCGUACCUCUUCAACAGAUGAAGAUCAACUAUUCUGUCAGUACCACGAACAAGAAGGUGUACAAUGAGGAGGAAGACCGAUUCUUGCUCGUCCUCUUGGACAAGUUUGGGCUUGACACUGAAAACCUAUACGAACGUAUGCGCGACGAGAUUCACGACAGUCCGCUCUUCCGCUUUGAUUGGUUCUUCUUAUCACGCACACCUGUCGAGCUGUCCCGACGAUGCACCACCCUUCUCACUACGAUUGUGAAGGAGUUUGAGGAUGUUCAUCCCAUGAAGAAUGGCGUCAAUGGAAAGAGCAAGCGCGAGGUGGAGGACGAUGAGGAAGAUGAAGAUAGUGUUCUCUCAAAUCAGCCAUCGAAGAAGAAGUCGAAGGCUGCAAAAAACAAAGCUCUUGACACUGUUAAGGGCAGCAAGACCAACGCAUCAUCUCGCGCCUCUAGUGUAGCUUCGUCGAAUUCUGCUCCUGCUGCCAAGGCAAAGGCCAAGGGCAAAAAGAAAUAA